CAGGGAAUUAAGUGCAUAUGGCUAAAUUACAAAUAUUCAUAUUUAUAAUAUUCUUAAUCUCCUUGAGCUAUCAAAAGGUUGAUAACAGCUCUCCAGAAAGAGUCAAGUUCACACCUUCAGACCUGGAAGGAUUCUUUGUGAAUUUUGCUAAAUCUGCAAAAAUAGAACUAGUUUCCAAGUCUACUAUGCCUUGCUCCAAAAGUGUCAAACAAUUUAUCCUUGACGGAUCAGAUGCUAUCAACGAAUUAUUAAGUGACCAAACCUGGACUGGUACCAUCAGUGUGGCAGAAGUCCUUGGUGGCUCAUCUUAUGUAGCCAGGAACUGCACCUACUCUAUUGACGAAUUAUCUGGGCAGCUUUAUAAUUACUUGGAAGCUUUUCCCACGUUUGAAUCCUGGAUGAGGAUGGUAAAAGAAAAUGUAUCCAGAAAUAUGGUCCAGCUUUCUCUUCUAUCAAUGCAAAUCGUUGAUGAGAUUAAGAAAGCAAACCCUGAUUUUCCAUUGCUUGGAUCAAUGGUUGGAGAACUAGUUUAUUAUACACUUGAAAGAGAAACUGUGCAGAAUACACUUAGAUAUCUCAGACAAGACCCUUUGGCUCCUUCUCCUAUGAACAAGUACGUAUGGUAUGGACUAGAAUCAGCUUAUGAAUUCUUAAAGAACUCUCAAAUUUUGGAGCAGACCAGAUUGAAUCAAUGAUACAAUAACUUUGCCAACAUGCUAGUCUUCCAGAGUGACGCAUUCCGUAACUUCGCUGCAUCAGUUCCAGAUGAAGGAAUUUAUCUUACUCUGGAUAGCUUCGUCUUCCUCAAACCAAUUAUCCUAGACUGUUAUGAUGCAGGAGAAGAGGUUGGAGUAAACUUUGACAAAGUCCUCAAAAAGAUAGAAGCCAAUCCGGAUGUAGUCAGAGCAAAUUUUGAAAGUGAGCUAUUCCAUGCUCUCUCAGACUCAGUUGCUACCUAUUCCCAAGCUUACUAUAAAGAUCUAGUCGGCAUGAACAGAAUUUUAGGAGAUCUCUGCUAUAGAACCCUUGUUAAGGAAGCUGAAGUAGAGAAUUAAUCAGAUAACAUCAUCCUAAAAUAAGCUAUUUCUUCA